AUGGAUUGCCAUAGACUCUGGUCGCGAUUAAUCUUGCACUUUUGGGUAUCAGCCGUUGAAGAAGAUACCCUUCGAUCCUUGUCCGCCAACGCACCACACACUCCCGAUCCGAAAGCCAAGCUCCAGAAGGCCUAUGAGCAGACGCUCGAUGCGACGGUCGCCCACGACUGGCAGGGAACAACCACUGCGUGCGGCGCACAGCUGCACUACCGAGCCCCGGGCGGCGACUCGUCUGGCGGUCCAUUACCACUGCUGCUGGUCACCAAUCUCGGGGACUGCCAAGUAAUGGUCCUCCGCCCGCGGAACAGGGAAGUCAUCUUCAAGACCAAGGAACAGUGGCAUUGGUUCGACUGCCCGAGGCAGCUUGGCACCAACAGCCCCGAUACGCCAAGGAACAAUGCUGUCGUGGAUACUGUAGACUUGGAAGUUGGGGACGUGGUACUGGCGAUGAGCGACGGCGUCAUUGACAAUUUGUGGGAGCACGAAAUCGUUGACUCGGUUGCAAAGAGCAUCCAAAGCUGGGAGUCAGGAAAAGGGGGAGGUUCGAAUCAAGACAGAAAAGGCGGUCGCAAUGGCGGGAUGAGGGUGGCAGCAGAUGAGCUCGUCGCCGCAGCCAGAGUCAUUGCCAUGGAUCCAUUUGCAGAGAGUCCAUUUAUGGAGCAAGCCAUUGAAGAAGGCUUGGCCAGUGAAGGAGGAAAGCUAGAUGAUAUCAGCGUGGUUGCUGCCCUGUGCGUCGAAAACAAGUGA